AUGGAGCUACCGGACAGCGUGGGGGACGAGGGGAUGGAGAUCGAGGGAUCGGCCACUACAGCUGCCUUCAUAAACACCAGCUCAGGUGUUGCCCCAAAUGUCACCAACAUGACAUUUUUCCCCUACUACGCGCACUCUUUGUACGUCGCCACCGGCUACAUCGUGGCCUACUUUUUCAUCUUCCUGCUGUGCAUGGUGGGCAACAUCCUGGUGUGUCUGAUCGUGCUGGAAAACCGGCAUAUGCGCACGGUCACCAACCUCUUCAUCCUCAACCUGGCAAUCAGCGACCUUCUGGUGGGCAUCUUCUGCAUCCCGACAACGCUGGUGGACAACCUGAUCACAGGUUGGCCCUUUUCCAACAUGGUGUGCAAAAUGAGCGGCUUCGUGCAGGGAGUGUCCGUCUCCGCUUCGGUCUUCACUCUGGUGGCGAUCGCUGUCGAAAGGUUUCGCUGCAUCGUGUACCCUCUUAAACCCAAGCCAACUGUGCUUGUUGCCAAGGCAGUCAUCGUGUUGAUCUGGGUGCUGGCGGUGGCGAUCAUGUGUCCUGCUGCGGUGGCGCUGACCGUGGAGAAAGUCCCUUUUCACUUCUUGGUGCACGACAACGACUUCAACCACACGUAUCCCCUGUACACCUGCUACGAGAACUUCUCCUACCCUCAGAUGACAAAGAUCUACACGGCCGUCCUGUUCGCUCACAUCUACUUGGUGCCCCUCAGCCUCAUUAGUCUGAUGUACGGCAGCAUCGGAGUCAAGCUGUGGUCGUCCGUGGUGGCCAACAGAGAGCCGCAGGUGGCCAACGCCACCGUCCAGGUGGUGGGGAGGAGAAGAGGUCAGCAAAUAAUAUCCAAGAAAAAGAUCAAGGUGAUAAAGAUGCUCAUCCUGGUGGCUUUGCUGUUCAUGCUCUCCUGGUUGCCACUCUGGACCCUCAUGAUGAUGACGGACUACGCAGGUUUGGGCAGGGACCAGCUGGAACUUCUGACCAGCUACAUCUUCCCUUUUGCCCACUGGCUGGCUUUUGCCAACUCCAGCGUCAACCCCAUCAUCUACGGGUACUACAACGAGAACUUCAAGAGGGGCUUCCAGGCUAUGUGCCAGUCCAGGCCCAUCUGCUGCCUCCUGCAGUGCCACCUGUGGAGGAAGAUGGCAAGGUGGGGCAGGAAGGACCGGUCUGUCGACGCACAGUGUGGAGCCACCGACUUCAGAGACGCCAUUGGCAAUCACAACCACCUUGGGUUGGGGCUGAGAAAUCGAGUCCACAACGACAACAAGUUGUGCGACGUGACAGAGCAGAACCGGGGGGGCAGGGUGCGCUGUGUGGUGGUCCAUUCGGAGAGAAGUGUUUCGGAUCGAGGUUUAGAAAUGGCAAAUAUUCACAAGAAAAGCACUACAGGAGAGGAGAUGGCCAGCACAAGAUCAGGAGGGGGGUUUGAGGCGUGGGAUAACUGA